GCCCGGCCGGGGCCUCCGCCUGCCCUGGGUGGGCCCGCUUGAGCCGAACAGCGCCGGCAACGACGACGACGGAGGAGCAGCAGCCCGCCAGCGCCCCGGGGUGGACAUUGAUCCUAUGACGCAUGCCCGGAAGAAACAGCUCUUACUUCUGAAACACUCAGCUGGUUCUGCUGGCCAAGCUUUGUCACCGAUUGACGGUGAGAGAAUGGAUAGGACUGAGGCGGAGGAUUGCGAGCGAGGCAAUGGCGCUGAGGGGCAAACCUGCCAGAGUCGAUUUGCAGGCGUGAAUAAAAGCAGGAAUUUGCAGGAACUCAGAAAGACGUAUCCAUUGAGAAAACGCCUCAGCUCAUCCGUGGAUAAAAAAACAUGCUCCGUGCUCCUCACUAGAUUGGAGGAUGUUGCCGGAUCCCUGUCGGAGGAGACUCCGAGUGGGAUGAAGAGAGGUCUCGCCCAUUGUAUGGAUGACUUCAGACCCGCCUGCCUUCCGGAUCGCGUUCAGGUCGUGAAGCAAGAGCCAUCGGCAGGGAGAUGCACAAUAUCGUGUCCUGGGACCGGGCGGCAGGGAAGCGAUGCUUGUCUUGCAGAACCCAGGAAGCGCAGGCUAGCCUCGCUGAACGCAGAGGCAGUCAACAACCUGCUUUUCGAACGGGACGACGGCUUAAUAACCGGCCGGCGUUUCCGGAAAGAUCCCCCCAAAGUUGGCGGAGUUUGUUGCACUAAGAAUAUAUGCUGCAGUACUCAGGGCGCUUGGCCCUCGGUGGAAAAGCAGAGCUCCAAGGCAGCAAAGGGAAAGAACCAAAACCGACCGAGUCCGAAGUGUGCUCCUCAGCCGCUGGAUGGUGUCGUUGACGGGAAAGGGCGGGAGGAUGGCGGGAUUUCCUACCACCCUGCUCCAAAGAGAUUGGCCAGUCUCAACGCCGCGGCGUUCCUGAAACUGACCCAUGAGAAAGACCAGCCGCUGAAGCCCAGGAGUAAAUCCACUGGUGAAAAAGAGAGCAAGCCUGAAAACCACGGUUCCAAAUCCAAGCUCAAAUGGGCCAAAGCCAGUGGGAAAAACUGCGUUAAAUCCAAAAAGGAAACGUCCACUGUAAAAAUAGAAGGUCAUCAUAGCUGGCAAGGAGUCACUGAGGGCGUAUUUACAAAAGCAGCCCAUCAGGAUCCUCCUAGAAUUUUGGGGGAAACAGAGUCUGUCAGUUACGAGCCGCUGCCUAACUCUUGCGAAGGCCCGGAGGGUUUCUAUCACAGACUGCCUUUGCUCAUGGGUGGGCAAGCCUCUAUGAAACCUGAAUAUGGAAGACCCGGAGAGAAAUCUCCGACUCCCAAGCAGGAAUUUCAUCAGCCUUCCUUCCCAGUACCUCAGUUCCACCCUUUGCCCGUGCCAGGAAACCAUACGGAUUGUGGCUGCCUCUACGAAUCGUCGGACUUGACUCAAUUAAAUGGGUUUUAUGUUUAUUAUGGCCAAAGCGGAUACAAUGAUUACACUCACUGCUCUGUUUACCCGAAGGAUGAGCUGUCCCAGGCGACGGGUUGCGAGGGGCUUUUGGUGUCUCCGGGUUCUUUACCGCCAGACCCCUCGUUUCAGCCAUUUCACUGGUGUAGCUCUCCCUACUGUUGUGGGGAAGGACCGGCAAUUAACAGUUACAGCCUUUGUGGAGUUAUGCACGUUCCCGAGAGCAGAAUCAGUACUGUGCAUGCAGGGCGGAACUGCUACCCUUAUAAGAUGCCUUUUGCAGCAGACAGCUGCAAGUCCCUGGACCAGCUGAGCCUCACAAUCCCUGUGGCAGGGCACCCUGUUUCACCUGCCCACCCACUCUCAGGAUGUCCGGUACCAAGUGUGCCACCAGCUGCAGAACCUGUUCCUCACUUGCAGACACCCAACUCGGAGCCCCAGACUAUGGCCCGUGAGUGCCCACAGAGCUCCAAGCCUCCCAGUGGCUCCAAAUCAGGCCUCCGCAACACCGCCAGCUGUUUACAUGUGUCUGACAGCAAAACCGUUGGUGGUCACUCUCAUCCAAAGCAGCAACGGAUCAACCGGAGAAGAGCCACCAAUGGCUGGAUACCCAUUGGAGCAGCCUCCGAGAAGGCUGUCUAUGUUGUGAACGAACCAGAGCCAGCUGUUCGCAAGAGCUACCAGGCCGUGGAGAGAGAUGGAGAAAUCAUCCGGGUCCGAGACACAGUCCUCCUGAAAUCUGGACCACGAAAGAAAUCGAUGCCUUAUGUGGCAAAGAUAUCGGCCCUGUGGGAAGACCCCAAAACAGGGGAGCUGAUGAUGAGCCUCCUGUGGUACUACAGACCAGAGCACACUCAGGGAGGCCGCAAUCCUAGCAUGCAUCAGAAUGAGAUCUUUGCAUCCCGACAUCAGGAUGAAAACAGUGUUGCCUGUAUCGAGGAGAAGUGCUAUGUCCUGACCUUUGCAGAAUACUGCAGAUUUUGUGCCUUGGCGAAGCGUCGAGUGGAGGGGAUCCCGGGCAAGAAAGCCGUGAUGGUUCCUCCGUCGGAAGAGUAUUCCACCCCUGCCCAUCGCAAGGUGCCAGAGGACACUGACCCCGAGUUGGUUUUCCUCUGCCGCCACGUCUACGACUUCCGGCAUGGGCGCAUCUUGAAGAAUCCGCAGUAGCCGAGCUCUGCAGCUCCGUGGGGUUGACAAGUGGUGGCGGCUGGAGAGCCGAGGGCAGCCUGACCUCCUUGCCGGCACGUGCUGUGGUGGAGCCCUGCCCUCGGGCACAGGAGGGGAUGCCCAAGCACUCUAUCCUCUGCGUUUGGGGAGCAGAUUUCCUGCCGAGGCAGAUGUUCAAAGCACAGCACUUCAUAUAAAGAGCAUAAAUGGAAAUAUAUAUCUAUAGAGAAAUGUGUGUGUGUGUAUAUAGAUAUAGGUACUUGCUUCUGUAAAUCUAUAUCUAUAUAUAUAUGUACAAUGAGCAUCUUAUAAGGGGGGAGGGAGGGAGGGAGGGGGGAGGGGAAAGGGCGGGGUGGUCCAGGGGAUAAAAGCCAGUAUAAACUGAAUCCAGAGCCAGUCUUGGUGGGGAUGGUUAGAGUAUACAGAAGGGGAACGAGUGCCGAAGAGAGCUGAGCUGCCGUGGGCCCUUGAUCUCGCGUCCUCGAUAUGAAGGCUGAGGCAGAGAUCCUUCUGAUCAGUGUGAUACCUGAGGUUGGAGAAGCACCCCUGUUUGGGAGACGUUUACGUGCUGCAUGUCCUUGCCACAUGCUGAACAUGUUUUGAUUUGGUAAGGGGAGGAGGACCACACUUGCUUUCUUUCUGGGGUUGUCCAGUCCGUUGUUUGCUUUCCUGACUGGCUUUGAGCUUCACUUCCAAAGCAGGAAGUGGGAAAGAUGCAAUAGGAUUACUUCAGACCGUUAUGAAAAGCUGCGUAGAUUUAAUACACACACACACACACACACACACACACACACACACACGAGAGAGAGAGAACAGGGUCCAACCUUAAUGAUCACUGCUUCAGAAGUGGGCAAGCACCUGAACAGCUCCCAGAGCUUAAUUGACAGCUGCUACAAAACCGAUACCUUCCCUCCAGAUGUUUGGAGAGGCAUCCCUUCUGCUGGUUGAAAUAGUGGAUAUUCUUUCCCAUCCCGAUUCCAUUUUCUUUGCUCUUAUUUCCAGCCCUUGUAGAACCUGGAUUUGCACACUCCAGCGUACUCGGGGAGGGCUUAAAAGCCAGAGUUAGCAAGGACAUUGUACCGCUUGAACUGCAUUCUUUUCGAAACAGGCAUCCUAACUUGACCAGCCUGGUCUGCUUUUGCCUGCCUACCUCUCUCCUCUCCCAAACACCUCCCCACCCCACCCCCAAAAAUCUCCUCUUAACACUGACAUCUGAGCAUGCCCACCAAGGCGAGACUCUUUGGCUCCCAAAAGGAACUGACCAAUGAGAGGUUUGCAUUUUGGAGAGAGGGGAAAAAAACUUGCUACCUGAUUCCUACGGAUACUUCUGCCUCUUGCCUUACAUGUAUAGGUGUUAGAAAGAAAGAAAAAACUACUUUAGUUUUGGCUUUAACACGAAGCUAUUUCAGUUAAUUCUAAAAGCAAACCAAAGGACAGCGUACGAAGAGCCCGCUGAACCGGUCACACAAAGCUGGGAUUCCAUUUGUAGAUUGCACUAAUUCUGAAGAAUGAGAAUUAACACUGGAUCAGUCGAUGUGCUUGCUGAUGGCCAGAGUCGCUCACCCGAACGAGGGACCUGUGGGGGUUACUUUUUGGGUGUGUGUGUUGCGGGGGGGAGUGUUCUGAACUAGUGUUAUACGAUGAUAGAAACGUUCCUACGGCUUUAAUAUUGUCGUCUUUUUUCAAGUAGAAGUAGUACUUGCCCGCAGGCUGGAACGGAGUCUCGCCACCUGGGCUCUCUCUGCCUGCCUGGCCCGGAGGAAGUAGCCCUGCUAUGUUCAGUUCCUUGUGCCAUGUGCACACGUGGAGAUCUGCAGAUUUUGCUCAUCAUACCAAAGAUGGGAAAGUGAUGGGGAGGAGAGAGAGAGAGGUUGAGAAGGUCAAAGCAAGAGGUGGUUAUACCUCAAGGUCACGAGGAGACAAUUCCUACUGUGUUUUAGUAGGGAAAGGAUUUGCUCCCUGCUGUUACGGGGGAAAUCCCCACCCUAAUUCUGAGCAAGAAUCUGUGGCUGAUCCAAGCUGGCUAGUGCCAAAGUAAUGGCUUUAUUUCCCCCCGUAACCAUUGCUUGGGCAUGUCGGGGGGCUGUUGGGAGUUGCUGGUGCUACAAAGCACACCUUGUUAUAGCACAGGAAUGGAACAGAAGUUUCCGUGUGAUGUUUCCCUCAAGCAGGCGAGAGAGCCUGACCAUGAGGGAGGCUCAGAUUGGAUGGAAGGAAGGGUAGGGCUGGCAUCACUCUUUUCAGUUUAGAGGUAUGCUGGGGUGGUUUGGGAGCAAUACUGUGGGUUCCGUAGUUGCUGCCUGUUCUUCCAUUUGCCUGGUUGAAGAGGGAAUUGUAGGGGAAAGAGAAUGACUGGAAUAGGGAAUGUUCCCAGAAUGAUAUGGGUAAAGUGUGUGUGUGUGUGUGUGUGUGUGUGUGUGUGUGUGUGUGUUAGGAGUUGAGUAGUCUGAUCUAUGCAGAAUCAGAUUUGGGGUUCCUUUCUCUGCCCCUGUAAUUGGGGGUGGGGGGAAGAAACCAUGUUGCUAGGUAUCCUCUUUUUCCGGGGAGGGGGGAAAUAGUAGUGUUGUUCAUGGUAUAGUGAAGGGAAUCCUCACAGCUUUUGAUUCGAGACUCAUGUUCAGGGUGCUACUGCCCUGUAAAAAGAGCUUUUGGGAAAACUGAGAAACCAGACUCAUUUCCUGAAAAAUCUGAUGUCUGCUACUGCUUCCUCCUCCUCCUUCGUUCUGCCUCCUCUCCAGGCAGGAACAAAGUAAAUAAACUCACACAAUUGUACAAAAGGAAAGAAAUUGUAUAUCUGCCCAGGUUCGGGGGUGGGCUAGAAGCCCCCUAUCUGGAGAGGAGAACCCCUAACCCUUCCGUGCUUCUGAUAUUGUCAGAAUCUACUUCAGGCCAAGAAAUAUUGUUUAAAGACUUGUGUGGUUGUUUUAUGCUGUUUUGCGGGCAGCAUGUAAAUGAUUUGAAAUGUCUUAUCCGAAAUGAAAAUAUUUCAUGCUUUUUUAAUCUAUUAGAUAUGGAAAUAUUUUUGAAACUGAAAAUGCAGUCAGUAGAAUUUAAAUUGAAAUGUAAUACAUGUAAAAUAUAUUUUAGUUGAUAAUUUUGUAAAAUGCACUUUUUUGUGUCUCUUCCCUUGUUUCCCAGAUCUGUAUUUCAGUGUUUACAGAUGGAAUGAGAGCAUUCCCUAUACCCUCCUUCUGUGAAAAAGAUAUAUUAGAAGUAAUUCUUAAAAAUAAAUUUGAGAAAUUGUAUUGAUUUAGAAAACAAA